AUGUGGCUGUUCAAUAAAUAUCGAAGAGGCAAUUUUCAAGCAUCUUAUAAUGCAUUAAAAUUAUAUUUGAAAAAUGCUAUUCGAGCUCUGAAAUAUUUAAGAAGACGAAGAAAAUUGAUUGUGAUUGUUGUUGUUUUGAUCUAUGUCGCUACUUUUGGAUACACUAACUUAUUUAUACGAGAGAAUCAAGCAACACCAACACGAGGUGUUAUUGUUACACUUAUUCGUAGUACAAAUCGAUCUAUCUUUCUCACAAUUAAUAUGAUACAUUCUAUAAUUCAAUUUUAUCCAACUAAUAAUGGGUAUCUAUAUCCAUUUAUUAUAUUUCAUGAUGAAAAUUUUACUUCGAUCAUGCGUAAACAAAUAUUAUCUUGUGUACUUCGAACCAAGAAACAACUACAAAUUUCAUUUGAACUUCUUAACUUUGAAACAAAAGUUAAAGUAGAUCCUGGAUCACGAUUGGAGAAACCAAUUGGAUAUCGUUUAAUGUGUCGAUUUUGGACAUAUGAUGUUUUUUAUCAUCCAGCAAUCAUUCGAAGAAAAUAUGAAUAUCUAAUGAGAAUGGAUGAUGAUUCAUACUUUAUGGAUCAUAUUAAAAUGGAUAUUUUUAAUUAUACGUUUAAUGCAAAAUUGGAUUAUCUUUAUCGAUCUGUAUACGGUGAAUCGAUCGCACCGAUGGAGCCUAUCUUAGAACGUUUUCUCAACAAAAGAAGUCUUAAAGCUGGUUGCAUCUAUAAUAAUUUCUUUAUUAUUCGUUUGAAAUGGUUUUAUGAAUCAAAACAAGUUCAAAGUUUUGUUCGUGAUUUGACUCGAGAUGAUUUCAUGCUUCGACAAUAUAUAGGUGAUGGAUGUGCUCAUGCGGCUAUGCUUGAAAUCGAUAAAGAAAUUAAAGCAGAACGUCUUACAAAUAUUUCAUACGGUCAUAAUUUUCAUUUGAUGCCAUCGGGAAAUCCGUUGUGGUCAUUUCGUCCAGUAACUACAUUUUAUGACGAGAUAAAAAAUGCAUGCCACCACUUGAUAGUACUGAAUUUUUAUCAUCGUCUAGUUUAUAUUUGUAUUAUUAUAUAUUUAUUAUUUUGGUAUGUUAACUUUCGUUUUCGUUCAUUGUCGAUAUCACCGACUCAAUUAGAUAUAUUCCUUAAUUCAACAUUAUGUGGUCGUUUAAUUCGUUAUCCAAAUAUAAUAUUAACCGAAAGUGAACUUCUACAAAUAAAUGAAGAAGCAUCAUCAUUUUUUUCUUAUUCAAAAGAUUGUAGUUUAUUUCAACGUUCAAUAAAAAUUUCAUCUGCAGAAUUAACAUAUCCAUUAGCAUUUACUAUUCUUAUUCAUACAAAUCUUGAUCAAUUUGAUUUUAUUUUACGAACAAUUUAUCAUCGAUAUAAUUAUUAUUGUAUACAUGUUGAUAUAAAAUCUUCAUUAUCAUUAUAUCAAGCUAUAGAAAAUCGUGUUAAAUGUGUUUCAAAUAUAUAUUUAUCAGAAAAACGUAUUAAUGUAACAUGGGGUGAUUUUUCUGUUUUAGAAGCUGAACAUAUAUGUCAAAAAGUACUUCUUAAAAAAUCAUUAACAUGGAAAUAUUAUUUUAAUUUAGCUAAUACAGAUUUACCAUUAAAAACAAAUUUUGAAUUAGUAGAAAUAUUAAAAUUGUAUAAUAAUCAAAAUGAUAUUACAUCAUUACCAUAUCGUUCGAAUUUACGACAAAAACAAAUUUUAUCUAAUCGAACAUUACCAUCAACAUUAUCAUUACCAUUUUAUAAAGGUGAAUUUCAUGUUUUAUUAUCACGUUCAACUCUUGAAUAUAUACAUAAAAAUUCACGUGUUAUGGAUUUAUAUUAUUUUUUAAAUGGAACAUUUGUACCUGAUGAACAUUAUUAUUCAAUGAUUAAUCGUUGGAAAGAAACACCAGGUUUUUAUCCAUAUGAUCAUGAUUUAAGUCAAAUAACAUUUAUGACACGUUAUAAAAUUUGGAAUGAUCGACCAGAAUAUCAUUUAUGUCAUGGUAGUUAUGUUCGUGGUAUAUGUGUUUUUAAUUAUCAAGAUUUAUGGCAUUUAGCAACAAGUCCUCAUUUUUUUGCAAAUAAAAUUUUUUUUCAACAUGAUCGUUUAACACCAUAUUGUAUGGCACAAUAUUUAGAUAUACGUAUUAAUAUGAAACAAGAAAACAAAGAUUUUUCAAUGAUUGAACAUGAUUUUUAUAAAAAAUUAAAUAAUGUAUCUCAAUAUUGUUUUGCAACAUGUAGUUAUCGAGAAAGAAAAUCAGAACCAACUGAAAUGAUGCCACUUGAAGGUUAUACUGUUGAUUAUGCUGAAGCAGAUAAUGGUUUAAUAAUGCAUGAUGGAAAAUAUUUUUUUAAAGCUGUACGUGAAGGUGAUGUUGUUACAUUUGCAACAAAUGAAGAAAAUGAACGACAUAGUUGGGUACAAGCAUUAUAUCGUGCUACAGGUAAAUUAAUUGAAAAAUAA